AUGUCGUCGUCUACUGUUCCUUCACAUCAGUACCACCCCCCACGGCAUCCGCACGCCAUCUCGCCCACAACUGCGAAACCUCCUAUAACCCCUCCGUCGUUUGCGACCGGUUACGUCUACCCCUCAUCUGCUGUUCCCACAACAGCAGCUUAUCGCUCGACUGGCCCACCUUCGAUUAUCUCAACAUCAUCCUCGCCCUCACCUCGCCUCAACCCUGGACUAGCUGCCGCCCGUCACGUCUCAAAGGCAGCCUCAAGACUGAAGCGCAGCCGAUCAGACAAUGCAAAAAAAUCGACAGAGCAGCUGGCAGACGAUGUUAUCGACGAAGGGUUCUUCUCGGGCCCCGGCUCACCGCCUCUGGAGCAGUACUACCCCCACCAUUCGGCAACCUCAGCUCACAAGGCACGUGGCAAGAUAAAGCCACUGCUCAAGAAGGUCAGUGGCUCGUCGCGUGGGAACUCGCUGGAUCUGUCAAGGUCGGAUGGGGGGCUCCCAGGUGGCGUCGGAUUGGGAAUCUUUGACAACGCAGGCGACUCAAGCGGGGUUGACGAGGAUUCGCCCUACUCCAACCGUCACAGACGCAACUUUUCCGGCACUAGCGGCAACUCGCCGUUGCUUGUUAAUGCACCCUUUGCACACCCUAAGCGACAGGUCCCCCGUCGCGGUGCAUACACGCCAGAGGUUUCACACUACAACACAUCCAACGAGUCGAGCGACGAGUCUGAUGAUGAGAGCAUAACCCGCCGCAACGUUCUGCAGGGAAGUGGUGGGGGCAGUAGGUCGAUCAAGGCAGGUUUACAGCUGAACACGGGCGGACGCAGCACUCCAAUGCUGCCCACUAGCAGCUUGACUGAUCUGCACAAUCGACGUAUCAGCACUAGCACCCUGACUACACCUCAACCAUCGCCAACCGGCAGCAGAGCUCCUUCAUUGAUGAGGUCUCGCAUCGGCCGCACAUCAUCCGAGACAACUCGCCGUGCAGUGCGCGAUCCGUCACCGGGAUUUGCAGCAUCAGUUACAGCAGCCCGUCUGGCUUGGGAGGCCAAGGAGGAGAAGAAGGAGGAGAAGAGGGAACGCAAGCGUAGGCGUUCAGAGGCAAAGGGAGAGGAGAGAUCACGUGCUACUUCUAGGUGUUCAGGCCGUGAAAGGGGCAACUCGGACGGCAGCAAGGGGACGGUCUGGGACGACGACGAAUUGCCAAACAGCUUCCCCGAGAAGGUGCUUGAGGAGGACUGCACGGAGGAGCGUGGGAGGCCAAGAGUUCAGGGUGCGGGGACCGGGACAGGGGGGAAGAGGUGGAGUGUCGGGAAGGAGAGGAGGCCCGGUUUCAAGAAGCGGUGGCUGGGCUUCGUGGUGUGGGUCAGGAUUGGCAUGGUGCGGAUGGGCAGGCGGCUAGGCUUCUAG